AUGAGUAUUAUAAUGCUUCAUGUGGUGACCUGUGUUGCUCUGCUUACAGUGGCUUGGGGACUACCAUUUGCCUCUCAAGAAGAAGAUAAUGAAUUUUUAGGACUUAAAAGGAUACCUUACCCAGCCAAUUGGCAUGCAGUUACAGUGCCUGAACAGAUGAGUGAAUACUGGUCAUUAGUGAAGAGAUCAUCACAGUAUUCCAUGGACACGGUCAGGGACUACAUUAGUUUUUACAGGAAUAUGUUAUGGCAACAGGAAGAGCAUCAAACUUGAACUCCAAAAAUUUAUGUAUCUACGUCUAUGGUAUUAAUCACCAUGAUUCUUCCUGAAAUAUCAGUGUGUGAGACAAAUGCUGUUAUGGUUAAUUGACGAGGAUCCAACAUAAAUGUCUUCAUCCUGUCCUGGAAUUGAUAAGGGUGUAUCCUGUGAAAAAAGUGCCCAGGCCUUCAGCUACAAUCCUGUAUGAAAGAAAUUACUUUUAAGUUGUCAUGCAUAGGAUUCAUUGUCCAACAGGUCCUGCAUGGGAAAUAUACCCAUUGUCAUAUGUAAAUCAGAAGUAGUUGCUAUAGUUUUUGAAUGUGAGGAAUGUCUUAGUGAAUGUAAUAUUGAUUUUGGAAUCUUGUUCAUGAACUGGAUUGUUCUUAGGAAUUGUUCACCACAAAUUAGUUUUUUAACUUGAAAUUGUGCUUCUGCCAGAAGCAAUAUGGGAGUGUGAUAUUAACAAAGCACUGCUGCUUGCUUCUGCAUUGUUUAAUUGAGAAAUUGAGGGAUGUGCACAACACAGACUUCACUUAUCAUUCUAUUUAUAAUUCGUUCACUUUUGUGAACAUAUAAAAAUCCAAUAAUAUAUACCACUUAGCCUGUCCAGAUGCCUGUAAUUCAAAGUAAGAAGGAAUCUGUAUAUUCAAAACAUAUUCAUUCAUCACUGGAUCUUGACCUUAUCUUUCCAUGGUUUACCUUAUAACUUUUUAAACUACCCUAUUUGAAUUUCAUUCACCUUACAUUUAUGUUUUUCCUGACAUACCAAAUUUUCCACUUCUGUAUAACAAAUUGAACAAAAAUACCCUCUUACAUACCAUUUUUGCUUCUUUCAAGGAUCAUUAAUUCCAUACUACAGACAUAUUACCUUAGCUUCUAGAAAGGAACUAUAUUAAACUACGGAAGAAGAAAAAAAGGAUAUGGUACAUACAUGUUUUUAAAGACGUAAACCUUUGUGAUUUGCAGUUCACAACAAAUUUAAAAGAACUUUUAAAAAAUAUAUGUCAAAAAUAUGCAACUAUAUUCCUGUAUUAUUUCCUUUUCUCCAAGAUGUCGCUUGUCUUAAUCUAUUUUCCUCAUCUUUAGUGAAUAUUCUGUCAAGGUAUAUACGUUUACCUUCUUUUUCUAAUUUUAACAUGAAUGCAUAACUUUUAAUUGCUCACAUGUAUUUUCUCUACCAAAUAUGUUGUCUGUUGCGAUAUGCCAUAUGAACCCCUUUAUGAAACUGUUUAUGAAAUUACUUAUGUGCAAAUAUAAGCAUGAGCAAGUUUUGAGAAAUUGCUUAUGUGCAAAAAUAUCAGCAUAGGUAAGUCUGGCUAAUUGUUAUCAUGUAAGCAGAAAUCUGUUUGAUGCCAAGGUUACAAAGAUGUUUGCCAGUAAAUGUAACAACACCUAUGAGAUAGCCACAGAACAUUCCUUCUCUGAUAAGGUCAGCUUCAUAGAGCUUCAAAAGAAGUUUGCUCCUACACACAAUUAUAUGAGAUUUAUUAGUAUGUAGUCAGGAUGUCUCAAGAUGUAUUUCUGUUUGCUGUACCACGUAGGCAAAAAGCAGAGAACAAAGAACCACUUCAUGGUAAAACUCCUCCCAAGAAUCAUGAUCUUUCUCCCAAAAUCAUAGGCUUGUGGAUGUGCUUGCAGUCACGUGUUCAUGUGUUGAAUAUAUGCUAAUAUGUAACCUCCCCUGCUUACCUUUUGUAACCACCCAUUUUUACCUAUACACAAUAAAAGAGUUUGUCUCGGGCUAGCUCGGGGCUUGCUCACCCGAGGAGAAUUGAACUCGCGUCUUCGUUCUCACUCCGUCCGGUGCGGAUUGGCCGGACGAUCUCGUGGCGAGCCCGCUGGCCGCGA